AUGAUGAACACCUAUGAAGAAUAUGGUGAGGAGGAGCUUAGUGACUAUAUCAUCCAGCUCAGCAUUCAGGACUCGUGCCAGGACGCCUUUGUGAAAUCUGCAGCCAGUUUAGCAGCGGCGACAGAUGAAAACCUGAGAGUCCUGGCUGCCAUCGAGCAAGGUGAGGUGUCGGUGCUCAGGGAGAUGCUCAGGCACACUUUCGCCUUCAGGGAGUCGGACAGUCGCGGCUGGCUUCCCCUCCACCGAGCUGCAUCCCAGCCGGUGCUGGAGGUUCUGGAGACCGUCCUGAUGUCUCAGGGACUCAGCCUGGAGGAGAGAACGGCCGUGGGCGGAGAGACGCCGCUGACGCUGGCAGUUAAAGCCGGACUGGUGCAGAACGUGAAGAGCCUGCUGGAGCACGGAGCCUUGCCUCACACCACCAACAGCAAGAACGAGUCGCCGCUGCUGCUGGCGGUGAGGGCCAGCUCUUACGAGAUGACGUACACUCUGGUGGUUCAUGGCGCCUGGGUGGAGCAGGUCUGCCGGAAGAAGUGGACAGCCGUGCACGAGGCGGCCAAAGUCGGGAAUGUGGACAUCCUGAUGCUGCUGCUGAGGAAUGGCGGGCGGGUGAACCAGAGGGACGUGACGGGAGUGACGCCGCUCGCUGUGGCUGCAGAGCACGGACACUUCCACAUCACUGAGAUCUUGCUGAACUGUGGAAGCAGAGUGAACUCUCAGGCCUGUAACGGGGAAAGUGUCCUGCUGGAUGCAGCCGGAUCAGGAAAUACCGCCUGCAUUCAGCUGCUGCUGGACAACGGAGCCAACCCCAACCUGCCCAGCAUCACUGGACACCUGCCCAUCCACAAGGCAGCGUACGCUGGACACUACGAUGCUCUGAAGAUGCUGAUACCUCUGACCACUAAGAAGGCCAUCAAGGACGCAGGUCAGAGUCCAGUCCACUCUGCAGCGGAGGGAGGACAGAGCCGCUGCCUGCAGCUCCUGCUGGCCUGCGGCUUCGACGUCAACUACCGCAUGAACACCAGAAACUCCGAAAACUACCGGGACAUGAGGAAGAGUGCCUUGUACUUCGCCGUCUCCAACGGGGACGUGGAGGGCACCAAAGUCCUGCUGGCGGCCGGAGCGAAGACGGACCUGGACCCGCUGUGCUGCCUCCUGGUGGCGGUCCGGUCCGGACGCUACGAAAUCGUGAGGCUGCUGCUGGCGGCCAAAGCAGACGUGAACUGUUACUUCACGGUGGUGAGCGACACAGUGUUUCCCACGGCGCUGCAGUACUGCCUGAAGGACGAGGUGAUGAUGAGGCUGCUGCUCAACAAUGGCUACGACGUGGAGAGCUGCUUUCACUGUUACCAUGACAACGCUUUUGACGCUGUGGAUGAUGUGGAUGGGAAAAUUCCUUUCUGCGAGUUCAUGAGUCUGUGCUGCCUCAUGCAUCUGUCCGGGAGCGUGGUCCGGAUCCUGCUGGACUACGUCAGCCACGUCCACAUCUGCUCCAAACUCAGACUCAUCCUGGAGAGACAGAAAGAGUGGCCUGAAAUAUGUGAAAUCCUCAGCAGUCCUCGCUCCCUCAGGCACCUCUGCAGACUGGAGAUCAGGAGGCUUUUGACCCUGAAGAGACUCAACAAACCUGAAAUCAUGAACUCACAUGUUUUCCCUCCCAGACUGAAGAGCUUCAUACUGUACCAGGAGCUCGACCUCUACAGCCAGGACCCUGAACGCAUCAUGUGA